ACAUUUAGUUUAAAGCUGACAUUUAUAAAUUAUGACUUUGAAAACUGAACUCCCAUUUUUCUCUUAUGACAGGAUAAAUAACCCAAAUUGUUGCCACUCUCCACUCUCUCCAGCGCCCCAAAGUGUUGCACCAUGUUCUUCUGACCUCAGGUUGGCUAAAAAUGACGCUGAGGGCGGGAGCCUUGCUUUGAGUGGGCAGACGGACCAAGCAGCUGUCGCUGUGCGGUUCGCGGGGCUCCGACCGUCAUUUCCCCCUCCAGACUGACUGGCAAAGGUAGGGGGAAAUCAUGAGUGGGCUGAUUUAACUUACGGGACAAGGAGCGGUGACGGCAGGGGGUCACGGUGCAACUUAUGAGGUAGGAUCUGGUCCUUGGACGAAGCCAAUCUCAAGGAAUCUCGAUGAAGACUUGUCCACCUUAGCUUGGGAGGAACUCCACUGGGAAGAGGGAAAACCAAGAGAAAGAGAAAAUUGGGAUAAAAACGAGGUUGGAAAAUCAAAGCUGUCAGUUCCAAGAGAAGUCAAAGGAGCUGCUGUUAAUGCAACAUGAUCUGGCCCUAACUAUUUACUCGCCUACACGUCCAACCAUGAGAAAGGCUGAUGUAGCAAUGACCCUGAAGAAGGGGGCCGAUGAAGCAGCAGCGCCCCAAAGUCCCAUCAUCCCACCCAAACGGUCCAAAACGGCCCUGGAGCAGGUGGUUCCCGAAUCCCGGGGCCCCGGCCAUCCCGACCCGUCUCCUCCCGUUUUCAUCCGGAAAAUGAGGAACGCCGCGGUGGGAACUGGCUGUGACAUCCGCCUGAAGGUGACCGUGGUUGGGGACCCCCAGCCGUCCCUGUACUGGUACCACAACGACGAGCUGCUCAACAUGGAGAACCAGGAGUACGGAGGCCUGUGGAUUAGGGACUGCAAGCCCAGCGAUGCCGGUCUCUACACCUGCAUCGCCAACAAUCACCUGGGAGAAGCCCGGACCAGCGCCGUGCUGGCCGUCCUGGAUCUGGGUGAAGACUCUGAGACAACAGAAGAUGAAGGUGGCGACCAGUUCGAGACCAAAGAGGACCGCGGGGACGCCGAGGACCAGGCCGUUCAUGGUGUGAUGGAGAAAUGUGGAACACAUGGACACGAGGAUCUCUCUACCAGAAGCCAAGACGAUUUCGCAAGAGAAUCUCCUCCCCAAGUUCUUCCACCGCCAUCACCAAGGCUGGUCAAGCGUGGCCCGUCCUCUCCGAUGCCAAGCCGCUCUGGUUCAACCACUCCUGUCAGCUCGCGUAAGAAAACUGUUGUGCCAACUGAAUACCAAGACACGGUUCCAGGAGAGUUUGAGGAAAAGACAAAGCAGCCAAAAAGUGUUUCUCAGGGAGGUGGCCAGGACUCCAGGCCACAGACCCCACUGAGUGAGUCUUCCCGAAAAGAGUUCAACCUCAGACCUUCUCCGAAGCUUACAAGGGCAAGCUCAAAGGUUUUCGAGAAGGUCCGUGGCUUAGAGGAGCGGCGGCGAAGCCUUGAUAUUCCAGAAGGUUCUGUCUCGGGAAGGUCCUGGGCAGGGUUCAACCGUGCUGGGUCGGUAGAUUCAGACGACGGUGGAAGCCGGUUGGGCAUCUCCAGGGAGAGUUCAAGAGAAGAUCUUCGAGAGGCUUUGAAAGAGGAUGCUGCUGAACGGAGAUCCAUGUUUAAGCAGAGAGCUGCUUCCCUGGAGGAGAAACCUCGCUACUCUCAAAAGGUUCAGGACAUUGAGAACAAGUUCACGGAAGAGCUCCAGCGCAUCAAGAAGCUGGUUGGGAAACCCCAUCUAAAGAAAUCCUUCUCCACCGAACUGCUCACCCUGAAGGGGAGGCAGCGCCAGCCUUUCAGGAAAAUCGAACCGAUACCUCCACAAGUUCUACAGAAGCUGCAAGAAAGAGAACGCGCUCAGUGGGAAAAGGAGCAAAGGGAGAAGGACCUGAGUCAGCAACAGAUGCAGCAACAGCAGCAGGAACUGCAUCAACCCCAGAAGACAACAGCAACUGGCCCAACAGCGGGGAGAUUCAGAGACGCCCCAGGGCCGCCAGAGUCGGUGCAGCUAUCAGAGCUGCCGGGACAACGGUUCGUCCGGGAGUUACACAGAGUCAGUCCGGUAACAGAAAUACUUCCCAGGUCGUCUUCACCAGCAUUACAUCAACAGCAAAGGGCUGAGUCUCCCAAUGUCACAAUGACACUGCGUAGGGUUGAGCGACGGCCCCCAAGUCCGCUUGUUCAAAGAGUUUCUCGAAUGCAAGAAUCGCCUCACAGCCAAGAGCCAGAGACAGGGAGGAAGACGCCUGUUGAGGUGGCAGUGAGAAAAAUUGAAAACAGACCUGAAAGUCCUCUGGUGCAGAAAAGGGCUGUCAUUAUGCAAGAUCUUCACCUUCAGCCUAGUCCAAAAUCUCCACGAGUAACAUCCGUUACCCCAACAGAGGCCGUGAUGGAGGUGGAGGUGUCCAAACCGGUUCCACGGUUAAAGGUCCCUACGAUUAUUGUUGAAGAUGAGAAAAUGGACGAGGACGUUCCUGCAAAGACAAAAGAGCCCAAGCAGACGAGUAUAAGUGCCAAGCAGGGAAAACCUCCGAAGACAAAAGGGAAGAGCCGCCGUCCUCGCCCUCUGUCUCCAGAGUUAGAUUCCUCAGACGAUUCGUACGUCUCUGCUGGAGAAGACCCGAUGGAGGCUCCCGUGUUUGAGUUUAGCCUCCAGGAUACCGUAGCAUCCGCUGGCGCAGACGUGCUACUGAAAACCAUAAUCGCAGGAACCCCAUGUCCUGAAGUUACCUGGACAAAAGACAACAUGGACGUCACAGGCAUGCCAAGCUACCUGGUCAAAGUGGAAGGCGAACGACAUAGUCUGCUCAUAAAAUCAGCUAAAACAGCUGACAGUGGGAAAUACUGCGUGACUGCAGUUAAUCAGAUGGGAAGAGCCACCAGCAGCGCCACACUCACUGUUAAAGCAGACUCUGUGCAGGAGCUAAAAGGAGGUUUGGGUGUGCCGAUGGAAAUCAGCAGCCCGAUAACUUCUGAUGAAGAGUAUUUAAGUCCUUUGGAGGAAGCCAUGGACUUCGGAGCUCAAGAGCCGAGACGAACUAUUGACACAAGAUUCAGGGAACCUCCUGCUUUUCUGGCAACAAUGGCCGACCAAUCUGUCAGUGAAGGACAGGAAGUCACCAUGUCUGUUCGGAUUGCAGGACAGCCGAAGCCCAUGCUCUACUGGCUGAGGGACAGAGUGACGGUGAAGUCGGACGCCCGUCACGUCGUUUGGGAGGCGGCGGACGGCGCCUUCGAGAUGACCAUCAGGUCUGCGGCUAAAUCCGACUCUGGAGUUUAUACGUGUCGCAUCAUCAACGAGUACGGCACCAAGCAGUGCGAAGCCAGGCUGGAGGUCAAAGCUCCUCCGGUCGAGCCGGGUCUGUCCGUCGUUCGCCCGGUGAGGGACAUCACGGCAAAGGCGGGAGAGACGGUUCUGUUCGAGUGUCACGCUGUCGGGCCGAAGGACACCGACGUGGACUGGCUGGCGGACGGGAAGCUGAUCCAACCCGCCCUGCUGAACUGCAAGAUGCACUUCGACGGCAGGAAGUGCCGCCUGCUGCUCAACUCCGUCCACGAGGACGACAGCGGGACGUACAUCUGCAAGCUCAGCACCGCCAAAGAGGAAGUCACGUCAAGCGGGAAACUCAAAGUGAUUCCGUCACUGGAGCCUCUGUUCACUCGGAAGUUGGACGUUCUGGAAGUGAUCGAAGGUCGAAACGCUCGGUUCGACUGCAAAGUGAGCGGGACGCCGCCGCUGAAUGUCCUCUGGAGCCACUUUGACCAGCCGCUCAUCGAAAGCGAAGACGUCAGGAUGGUCCAGGAGGGCGGCCGCCAUUCUCUCAUUAUUUCCCACGUGACGAGUGACGACGAAGGUUUUUACACCAUCAGAGCCCGAAACGCUCACGGAGAAGCCGAGAACUCUGCUGAACUCUACAUCCAAGAGCCGCGGCCGGCCAUCUCCUCUCAGAUGGCCAAACUGGAGAAGAUGCCCUCCAUCCCAGAGGAGCCCGAGGUCCCAGAGAACGAGGUGGAGCGCUUCACCAUGCCCGACUUCAUCAAGCCUCUCUACGACCUGGAUGUGAUCGAGGGGAAGGAGGCGGUGCUGAAGUGCAAAGUGGCCGGGCUGCCGUACCCGACCAUCACCUGGUUCCAUAACGGCCGGAGGAUAGAGAGCACCGAGGACAGGAAGAUGACGCAGUUCCGUGACGUUCACAGCCUGGUCAUCCGCUCUGUGUGUCACGCUCAUGGAGGCGUUUAUAAGAGCGUGAUCGCCAACAAGGUGGGAAAGGCCACCUGCUAUGCACAUCUCUAUGUUACAGAUAUUCUUCCUGAUCCUCCUGAUGGUAUUCCAGUGAUUGAGUCCAUCACUGGAAAAACCAUCACUUUGAGCUGGAAGAAACCCAGAAGGUUGGACCCUUCCAUUGAUCCCAACUCCCUGAUGUAUGCCAUCCAGCAGCAAGCACUCGGCUCCAUCCAGUGGAUCAUAAUCGCCUCUGGUCUGAAAGAAACCACCUACAUCAUCAGCACCCUCUCCAAAGGCGUCCGCUACGCAUUCAGGGUCCUGACCAUCACCUCCAAAGCCUUCAGCAAACCCUCCCCGGCCACCGAUCCGGUCCAGCUCCUGGACAGAGGUCCAUACCUUCAGGAGGCUCCAGUGAUCAUUGAUAAACCAGACAUCGUGUAUGUGAUUGAAAACCAGUCAGUCACAAUCUCCAUCACUCUGAAUCAUGUCAACACCGCAGUCACCUGGAAGAGGAAAGGAGUAACUCUGACCAACAAGCCCGGCUUGUAUGAGAUGGCGAUGCCAGACGACGACCAGCACACGCUGAAGCUGCUGAAGGUGAAGAGUUCGGACGUCGGUGAGAUGACCUUUGUGGCCACCAAUGAGUUUGGAAGCGACAGCUGCAGCUUCAGCGUGGAGACGGCCGCUCCGCCGACAUUCGAGACGAUCAUGGAAGACCUGGACGUCUGUUCCGGGGAGACGCCUCGCUUUGCUGUGGUCGUGGAGGGCAAACCUGUCCCUGACAUCCUCUGGUUCAAGGGGGACGUCCUGCUGUCAGAGAGCAGUCACUACACCUUCGUCUAUGAUGACAACGAAUGCUCCCUGGUGGUCCUGAACGCACACCCUGAGGACUCCGGCGUGUACACCUGUACGGCCCGAAACCUGGCCGGAUCUGUGUCCUGCAAAGCCGAACUCACCGUUCAUCAGGCUAAGAGGAAGGAGGAACCCAUUGAUGAUGAGGAGAGUAUCCUGAGGAAGAUGCGCAGACUGACCGAUUACUACGAUAUCCACAAGGAAAUUGGAAGGGGAACGUUUUCCUACGUGAAGCGGGUGAAGCAGAAAGCCACCAAAAUGGAGUACGCCGCAAAAUUCAUCUCGACUCGAGCGAAAAGGAAAGCGUCGGCUCUGAGAGAGAUGAGACUGCUGUCCAAGCUGGACCACGAGAGAGUCCUCUACUUCCACGACGCCUUUGAGAAGAAGAACGCAGUCGUCAUCAUCACAGAGAUCUGCCAUGAGGAGCUGUUGGACAGAUUCAACAGGAAAUCCACCGUCCUGGAGUCUGACGUGCGUUCAUGUGUGCGACAACUGCUGGAGGGACUGGACUACCUUCACCAUCUGAACAUCCUCCACCUUGACAUAAAGCCCGAUAACAUCCUCAUGGCGGAUCUCCAAAGCGAUCAGAUCCGUUUAUGUGAUUUCGGAAACGCUGUUGAGUUCACGCCUGAUGAGGCUCAGUACUGCAAAUACGGCACGCCCGAAUUUGUUGCACCAGAAAUCGUCAACCAGACACCUGUUUCAAAAGCCUCCGACAUAUGGUCUGUCGGGGUUAUAUCGUACUUGUGCCUGACUGGAAUCUCCCCGUUUGCCGGGGAAAACGACCGCAGCUCCGUCCUGAACAUCAGGAACUACAACGUGGCUUUUGAAGAGAACAUGUUUGCUGAUCUUUGCCGAGAGGCGAAAGGGUUCAUCAUCAAGCUGCUGGUAGCGGACAGGCUGAGACCCGAUACUCAGGAGUGUCUUCGACAUCCGUGGUUCAAGAUACUAAGCAAGGGGAAGGCCAUCAGUACAGAAGGUCUGAAGAAGUUCGCUGCUCGCAGGAAAUGGCAGCGUUUCAUAAUUGGCUAUAAAUCAAAAAUGGUCAUGAGAUCUAUACCAGAGUUGCUGAACGAUUCCUCAAGCCACACCUCGAUUGCCGUCCAGAGGCACCAGAAAGAAGGCUCACCCCUGCCAUCUUCAUCGUCUGAUUCAGAUGAAGACAUUGAUGAACUUCCUUUUAUUCCAAUGCCACUCAACAUGGAUUUCUCUGGAUCAAGAAUGUCACUGAAUGACAUUCAGACCAAUGAGCAGGAAUCAAGAAAGGAGAAUGGAACAAGUUUAUCUUCCCAAGGUCUGGAGGCCAUGGAGUUUGACUCUCAGGAGCAGGAAACGAUAAGAGGCGAGGCCAGGGGGAAAGGCUGUCUUCGGAAACGAUCAUCGGAAGACAAUGACAAGGGUUUCUCAGAGGAAUCACCUCUGAGUGAACUGAUCCAAAAGUCAGAACAAUCCAGAAAACCCCUUAGAAGAGGAUCAAGCAUGGAGUCUGACAAGGUGGAAGGAGGCCGGAAAAGAGGGGAACUACGGCGUGGUGGUUCGGCCGACAGUGCUUUGCUGCUUCGGAUUACAUCUGAGGAAGGAGCGGGAGAAGAAAACCCUGAGGAAGGACGGAGAGUCCUAAAGAAAGCUGUCUCCAUGGAAAUACCGAGGAGGAGCACCAGCCCUGGAACCACAAAGAUGAGUCAGGAAGACUAUGCUCUAAAACUGGAGCUAAUGAGGCAGCGACUGCUUUGUGGUGGUUCUGUAGACAACAAGAUGAGUGGCCUGAGAGGACCUCUUUUAGAAACAUUAGGGAUGGGAGACGAAAAGCGAGCAAUACCUUCAGAUCGCUACUCUCGCACUGCUCGUCUGGGCCCACCUCCACUUACCAGGGCUGCAUCCAGUGACUUUCCAAGGGACGAAGUGCCUAAACCUAAAGUUCUACGUAAAAGCACUUCUUUCAGUCAAGGGGAUUCAGAACCUAUAGCUUUACAUCGACGAUCAGGAGCACCUUUGGAGAUUCCUGUCGCACAAGUAGAAGAAAGGCGGCUUAAAGAAGCAAUUUCCAUGUCAGCUCUAACGGAGCAAACCAAGCUAGACUCCCGUCCAGAGACUCCCAGGGAAUCUUCCCCAAAACCACCGACUCCAGAGCCAGUUGUGCAAGAAAAUCAAUCCAAAACAGAGAGUCAGGAUUCACUGAUGGAGAAAGAGGUUCGAACAGAUGAGACUGUGAGUGAAAAGAUGGAUGGACUGACUGCAGAUAGUAAUUUUGAUGAAAGAUCUAGCACAAGUGGAUUCUCAGAGAAGGACAUGAGUAUUUCAGAGGAACCAUUGACUGAAGGAGAUAACUUGGGUCAGAGUAUCCACUCACCUUCUGAUAUGGCCCAAAGCUCUUUAGCAGAAGAGAAAAUGCAAGAGGAGAAAGAGAGCGAAAAGGUGUAUGAAGAAAAACAAGAGUUGGUAAAAGAAGACGAUGAAAGAGUUGACUAUGCAGUUGAGUCAAAAGCUAAAGAACAUGCAGACGAGAAGACAAGUACUCCAAUAACAUCUUCUGAGAUGAUCAUAAGCACAAGUUCGGUUAUGGUGAAACCAACACAAGAACCUUAUCAGCCCCCAGGCGCUGUUACUUCAACCUAUAUAACACCCUCACCUCCUACCCGAGUUGUUCUUCCAGAUGGAAGAGUGUCAGCUUACGCCAGCAUAAUGCAGACCAUCAUGGUGCCUUCAGUUCAGCCUCUGAACGAGGCGCCCCUUUCCCCUUCCACUCCAGUUGUUGUUCCAGCCAAUACCGGCACAUCAUCUGACUUACUCAGUUCACCAAAGCCAAUCAUGUCAACCACCGAGCACCCUGCAGUCUACGCUAGAGUCGCAUCGCCAGAAAUGAUCACAAAAGAACCCAGUCCGCCGAAGACCUAUUCACAAAUGUUACCCCAGCAAGGGGUCUCAGCCGGAGCUGAUUUAGAAGAUAUGACCUCUGAAGAGGUUUUUGAGGCCCGCUUCAAAAAACGUGAAUCUUCUCUCACAAGGAGUCUGAAGUUUCUCUCAAGAUCAAAGAAUGAAGACAGUACACCGGCCAUCCAGGCAACAUCAGACACAUCUGAAGAGAUAUACAGACCUGGGCCGAUUGGCGCUCCCUUACAGUUAGCCUCAAGAAGACUUGAGGAAAAGUCCAAGUCGGUCCAAGACCUUCGUGAAGCUCAAAAGGAUCAAGGGUUCAUGAGGAGACUCUCUAUGCGCUUGAAGAGAACUCCAUCGACAGAGCGCACAGAUGAAGUAUUGAAAGACGACGACUCAGCAGGUUUAAGACAAAGGCUGUCUUGGAGUCUUGGCAGACGAGGUUCUCAGGAAAAGAAAGAGGUAGAGAUGACCAAGAUGGAUGGAGAUAGUGAUAAGCCAGUAGAUGAAAAGGAGCUGAAGAAACCUAAUGAAUCACCAGUGUUGGCGAUGCGCAGAAAGAUUGAAUCAACCGUGGCAGGGAUCUCCACAAGAAUUCGAAGUUACUCAGAAGAGAGACGAGCCUCAGAAGACAAGGAAACAAAACGAGCACCAAUUCUUUCUAUGCUUCGUCGAUCAACAUCAGAGAGUCGAGCUAUGAAGCCUAUCAUUGUUCCUCAGAACCAACUGGCGUCUCAGGCCACUAAUGGUGCCUCAUCCGAGUCUCUUGACUCGAUGUCCAGCCUAAAGUCAGACACAUCCAAGGGCAUUGAAGUUGAGCGGAGAUCCAGAUGGGAUCGAUGGGGCUUGACAAGAGGCAAACGAGACAAAACAGUAUCACAGCCUGACUUACCAACGGCCAUCUCCAGAGACGGCAGUUCCUUACGUUCACGGCAGUACUCCAAAUUAGCUUCAGAUUUUCCUCCUGUGUUCCAUAUCAAGCUCAGAGAUCAUGUCCUCCUGGAGGGUGACCCAGUAACCCUUAGCUGUCUGCCAGCUGGAAGCCCCCAUCCACACAUCGCCUGGGUAAAAGACAAGAAGCCUUUAGAAAUUGAUGCUAGAAUGAACAUGAUUUCCUGCCCUGAUGGCCGACAGCUGCUGAUGAUCAUGCAAACCACCAAAAAAGAUGCUGGGGUGUAUGAGUGUGUUGCUAUGAACCCCCUGGCCGCCGUGUCCAGCUCUUGCACUAUAUCCCUCGCUCGCCUGCCUAAUCGUCCUGGGACCCCAGAGAUUCCUCAGAAAUAUAACAACACAGUGUUAGUGGUGUGGCGACCCUCGGACACAAUGGCCCCCUGCACUUACUCUCUGGAGAGGAGAGCAAAAGGUGAAAGCAACUGGCUGAUAGUUGCAACCGGAGUGGCAGACUGUUACUACAAUGUGACUGACCUGCCAGCAGGGGGCUCCUUCAGGUUCAGAGUGGCUUGUGUCAACAAAGCCGGUCAGGGCCCCUACAGCAACCUGUCAGAGGUUGUGACUCUGGAUCCCACUGGUACGUUGCCUUAUCGGUGUCUCUUAUUACCCUGAUUUAUGGAAAUGUUUUUACUUUUAGAAGAUUGAAUGUGUUUCUUUACAAAGU